AUGGCGACAAUGAUUACGAACGUGAUGGGCGGAGCCGGACUAGCCACCACAGCGAUUCUCAUCGACGCGAUAGUCGAAGAAAAGAAAGGUCUCGUGAUAGGUCUAGAAACAGAAGACGCCACCACCGUUCAAGGUCUCCCGACGACGCGCCUCGCCGUAGAUCAAUCUCUCCGGACCGUGAUCGGGGUAGAAGAGGCGAGCAUAGACGCCGAAGAUCACGCGAUUACGACAGGCGUAAUGAAAGUUCCCACCGCACUCGGGCGCGAGACGAUAACAACUACGAUCACCGAGAUAGAGACAGAGGAGCCGCCGAAACCGAAAGAGAAGCCCAACUAUGGUAACACGGGCGCGUUAGCUGCUGCCUCCAAUUCCGUUAUUCAGUCAGACGGUUCCAAGAUAGUGCUAAAGUAUCAUGAACCGCCCGAAGCCCGCAAGGCGUCUCCAAAGGACCAGUGGAAAUUAUUCGUCUUCAAGGGUCAAGAUAUCGUGGAUACUAUCUCUCUCGGGAACCGUAGCUGCUGGUUGGUAGGCAGGGAGUUGGCAGUUGUGGAUUUACCUGCCGAACACCCGAGUAUCAGCAAACAACAUGCUGUCAUACAGUUCCGCUACAUUGAAAAGCGCAACGAGUACGGCGACAAGAUAGGCAAAGUGAAGCCCUACUUAAUCGACUUGGAAAGUGCCAAUGGAACUAUGCUUAACGGGAAGAGGGUGCCCGAGAGCAGAUAUCUCGAACUCAGAGACAAGGACAUGAUUCAGUUUGGCCAGAGCACACGAGAAUAUGUUAUAAUGCUUGCCCCCAAGGAUUAA